AAUGGAAUUGUUGUGCUUCAGGUCUUCAAGUGCUCAAAAUGGGAUGCGAGAGAACAUGAGUUUUUCGGAUAACACAAGGAACCCACAAAUUCUUGAAGUGACUCCGUUGAACAGUUUGCCUUACAUCGGUCCAGUAACUCAUGCAUCUAUGUCGAGUGGCAGGAUGAAUGAGAAUGUAGAGAAAGUCGGAGGGCCAGCGAUGAUAUUUCUGCCUUCUGAAUCAAGUUCAGAGUUUUCUAACCUUAUCAGUCAAACGAAAACCGGAGUUGCUCUAACGGGAAGUGCAGCCAUGGGGAAGAUUGGACCAACGAUUGGUUUGGUUGAUAUUGCUGAAUGUGAAGACUCAUACUACUUUCGUGUUUCAUUGCCUGGCGUGUCAAGGGAUGAGAAGGACUUCAGCUGCGAAAUAGAACCAGACGGAAGGAUUCUAAUAAAGGGAGCAACAACGACGGGGGAACAGACAGUUUGCAAACACAAUCAGAUCUUCAAAAUGCUAACACAGAACUUAUGCCCACCAGGCCACUUCACCAUCAACUUUCAGCUUCCGGGUCCUGUGAGCAAUGAAGAAUUCAACGGUAACUUUGGGUCAGAUGGUGUACUUGAGGGCGUAGUGAAGAAGCUGUACUACGAAGACUGAACAGAACAACAAAUGGAGAUGGAUUUGUUGAGUUUUAAAGUAAGCUAGAAUCAUUGCAGCUUAUGUAGGAUUUUCUUUUGGUUGUAAGCUACAUUGCCAUCAGAAAGAUUGGUUAUUAAGUUUAUGUUGCUUUGUAACAACUUAACUAUUUGAUACUUAAUAUGCCUGAUGAAAAAAGAAUUGGAGAUAAU